GCAAAACUUUUCUAACGUAUUUAUUCUGAUAUUCUGUUGACGGAACGUCAAAACCCUAAACCUUCAUCGUCAAAUCGGCUGUUUGCCUCUUCUCGACGACAAUGGCUACUGUACCAGUUAAUCCGAAACCUUUCUUGAACAACUUGACUGGGAAGCCUGUGAUUGUGAAGCUCAAGUGGGGAAUGGAGUACAAAGGUUAUCUUGUCUCUGUUGAUUCAUACAUGAACUUGCAGUUGGCCAACUCUGAAGAAUACAUUGAUGGGCAGUUUACUGGUAACCUUGGAGAGAUCUUAAUCAGAUGUAAUAAUGUUCUGUAUUUACGAGGUGUACCAGAGGAUGAAGAAAUAGAGGAAGCAGAUCGUGAUUAGCAAGCAGGUGGAAUGGAUGGCCCAUGUCUUAGAUCAUUAGAUGUGGAUGUGGGUGGAUCCAUGAAUAUAUCAGACAAUGUUUCACAAAUCAUUACAAAAGAAAGAACAAAUUACUGAAAUC